AUGUCCCGCGUCCUGUCUGCACGCCCUCUCCCGCUCGCGGCGAGCCUGCGCCAGGCUGGAGCUGCCCGACUGCCCCGAAACUCUGCCUUGACCGCGCAAGCUUCCCGGCUGACCGCUCGCCGGGGCUAUGCAACGGCGCCGAGCAACUCGAACGUCUUCCCGAACCCUGGACCUGCCGGCCCCUCUCCCUCGUCCAAGCCUCGCAAGUCGCUCACCCGCCGAGUCCUCUCCCCGCUCAUCCUCCUCACCGUCGCUUUCUACGGCAUCUCGGUCCCGCUCGGCUACGUCUCCUUGCGCUACCGCGACUUCCUCGUCGAGACCGUCCCUGGAGGCGAGCAGAUUGGCGAGCUCCUCGACGAGUUGCAGAUCCAGCGAGCGGCAGUCAAGCCGGGUGAGGGACGGUCCAUUGCGACGGGCAACCAGUCAAAGGAGACCGAGUUGACGCGGUACGCCGAGUCAAAGGCCAAGGCGGAGGGAUGGAACCUCAAGAAGGCCGAGCCGUCUGACCCGGCAAAGGCUCGCGAGGAGAUCAAGCAGAAGUUUGCGUCGACGGCCAAGCACAUCGAGGACAAGUCGAAGGAGAAGGUUGCCGACCUUGUCGAGGCUGCCAAGGCGCGGGCUUCCGAGGCGAAGCAGGUUGUCGUCAAGGCGGAGGGCGUCGUCGAGGACAAGGCGAAGGAGAUUGUCACCGCCGCAAAGGAUCUUGUUCCCGCGGCAGCUUCCUCGCCUGCCGCUGCCCCUACUGUCGCUCCGGCCGUCAAGACGCCCCAGGAGCCUGCAUCGACCCUUCCUAUCUACGCCCAGCGACCUCGCGACGUCGACGCCACGCCUGUUCCUCCCAAGCGGGCGAACAAGGAGGUCUACCAGGGUCCGCCUCUGCCCAUCGGCUUCGAGCCUCCCGUCGGCUACGAGCUCCCUCGCGCGCCGCCCACGCCCAAGGGCGAGAUCAAGCCCGCCACGCCUCCGCCCGCUCCUCUCCCUCUCGUCGCUCCCGCUCUCAAGGACGUGACGACCUCCGAGCCCAUGCUCGGUCAGCUCGCCUCAACCAUCGACAGUCUCGCCAAGUACGUCGAGAAGCACGACGUGACCGUUUCCGAAUCGGCCUCGACCGUUCUGAACGACGCGCAGAAGGACAUCAAGAGUCUCGCUUCGCGCCUCGAGGCGAUCAAGAAGCAGGAGGAGGACAAGCUGCAGGCCCAGCUCAAGGAGCAGGCGAGCAAGUACUCGGGCAUGCUGUUGAAGGCCGAGAAGGAGCUUGUCGAGCGCCUCGACACGCAGGAGGAGGACUGGAAGAAGGCGUUUGACGAGGAGCGCCAGCGUCUCGUCUCGGCAUACAAGGAGAAGCUCGACACCGAGCUUGCGACGCAGCAGGAAAUCAUCAACCAGCGUCUCAAGGAGGAGGUCGUCGCGCAAGGCAUCGAGCUCCAGCGGAGGUGGGUCAGCGAGAUCAAGAUGCGGGUCGAGCAGGAGCGCGGCGGGCGGCUGGCCAAGCUCGAGGAGCUUGAGAGCGGCGUCCGCAAGCUCGAGAAGGUGGCCAAGGAGAAUGAGGAGGCUCUCGGCGAGGCUGUCCGUGCCCGCAAAAUCUUCACCGCCGUCAAGGCGCUCGAGCACCGCAUCGAGUCCGGCCUGCCCUUCACCGACGAGCUCGCGACUCUGCAACGACUGGCGAAGGAGACGAGCCCCCCUACGUCCGCCGACUCUCCCUCCAACUCGCUCCUCUCGCUCGCGCUCUCGACCAUCCCCGCCGACGCCGCUUCGACCGGCAUCGCCUCCUUCCCCGCCCUCUCCGCCCGCUUCUCCUCCUCCGUUGCCCCGCAGCUCAAGAAGGUCUCGCUGUACCCUGAACACGGCGGGGUCCUCGCGUACCUCACGAGCUACAUCGCGAGCCACGCGCUGUUCGAGAAGGAAGGAUGGGCAGACGGCGAAGACGUCGUGAGCACGAUCGCGCGCGCCAAGUUCUGGCUCGCGAACAAGGACCUCGACUUGGCGACGCGCGAGGUCAACUCGCUCAAGGGAUGGCCGAAGGCGCUCGCGUCGGACUGGCUCCAGCAGGCACGGAAGCACUUGCAGGUGAAGCAGGCGCUCGAGGUUGCCGAGCGAGAAGCGACGGCGCAAAACCUCAGCGCGGUCUGA